CAGCAACGCAAACCGGCGGUCGGCAAUGGCCGCGGCGAUGGAUGUGGACUCCCCGAGCGGAGCCAACAGUGGCUCAAGCAAAAAGCGCUUUGAAGUGAAGAAGUGGAACGCCGUGGCGCUCUGGGCCUGGGACAUCGUCGUUGACAACUGUGCCAUUUGCCGGAACCACAUCAUGGACCUCUGCAUUGAGUGUCAAGCCAAUCAAGCCUCAGCCACAAGUGAGGAAUGCACCGUAGCGUGGGGAGUGUGCAAUCAUGCUUUUCAUUUCCACUGCAUCUCUCGCUGGCUGAAAACCAGGCAAGUGUGUCCACUGGACAACAGAGAAUGGGAGUUUCAGAAGUAUGGGCACUAGAUGUGGAAGACUGGACUCUGUUCUUCCCCUGGAGUUCAAUAACUUGGGAACCUUCCUGUAUCUUAUUUAUGUACACAUGGAUGGUCUUCAUUUUUAGAGCAACUGUGCUCAUAUGGGGGUGGGUACUACUGUGAUUCUGUGGUUUAUUUCAGAAAUGUAAUAUGUACUCAUUGCAAAAUAUGAGUGUUACUUCCCAUAAUUUACAAGAGAAUUUUGAAUGGAAUUAGAGAAAGUUCUUAUGCAGAGAUUUGGUGCGGGUUCUCCAAGGAAACUUUUUUUUUAUUUAUUUUUUUUUUUUUUUUUUUUUAAAAAUUGAAGCAGCAUCAGAGCAAAGUAGAAAACUGGAAUAAAUUGACAUUAUUUGCUGAUCAGUGUAGCUUUUCAGUGUUCUGUCUGAAAGAACAGCACUUUUUUUUUUUUUUUUUUUAUUUAAAAUUCUUA